UUUUUUUAAAUGAACCGGUUCAGCAGGUCCAGUCAUACAUGAUUUGGAUAUCGCCAGGGUUUUCGUACCCGUUCCCGAACAUUUUGAACAUCACUGGGACGUGAGAGGGAAGCUGCUGGCAUGAGUGACACUCUGGAGUUUAAUGAUAUUUAUCAAGAGGUCAAGGGGUCCUGGAAUGAUGGGCGUCUGCGAUUCAGUAAGCAGACAGUGGUGUACAAAAGCAGUAAAACAGGGAAGGUGGACAGUAUCUCUGUCCCAGAGCUCAGUCAGGCCCUGUGGCGGAGAGUCUGCUUGGGUCAUGGCAUCAAGCUCUGCACCAGCACUGGACACGUCUAUAAAUAUGAUGGCUUCAAGGACACAGACUUUGAGAAAAUCUCAGAAUACUUCAAAGCCAAUUACAAAGUAGAGCUGACCGAGAAAGACAUGUGUGUGAAAGGCUGGAACUGGGGCACUGCUAAAUUCAAUGGCCCCCUGCUGUCGUUUGAGGUGAGUGACAGCCCUGUGUUUGAGAUUCCGCUCGCCAGCGUAUCACAGUGUGCAACUGGAAAAAACGAGGUCACUGUUGAGUUUCAUCAGAAUGACGACACAGAGGUGUCACUCAUGGAAGUGCGGUUUUACGUCCCACCCACUACAGGAGAUGAAGGGGCUGACCCUGUGGAGGCAUUUGCUCAGAACGUUCUUUCUAAGGCAGACGUGAUCCAGGCUACAGGAGAUGCUGUGUGCAUCUUCAGAGAGCUGCAGUGUCUUACACCCAGGGGCAGGUAUGAUAUCCGUAUUUACCCCACCUUCCUGCAUCUGCACGGUAAGACGUUUGACUAUAAGAUCCCUUACACCACGGUGCUGCGGCUCUUCCUGCUCCCCCACAAAGAUCAGAGACAGAUGUUCUUUGUGAUCAGUCUGGAUCCUCCCAUUAAACAGGGUCAAACCCGCUAUCACUUUCUCAUCCUGCUCUUUUCAAAGGAAGAGGACAUCAACCUCACCCUCAACAUGAGCGAGGAGGAGGUGGAAAGGCGCUUUGAGGGAAAGCUGAAUAAAAACAUGUCUGGCUCUCUCUAUGAGAUGGUCAGCAGGGUUAUGAAGGCUCUGGUCAACAGGAAGAUCACAGUACCUGGAAACUUCCAGGGUCACUCUGGGGCUCAAUGUAUUACAUGCUCCUAUAAGGCCAGCUCUGGGCUGCUGUAUCCUCUGGAGAGAGGCUUCAUCUAUGUUCACAAGCCUCCAGUCCACCUGCGCUUUGAGGAGAUCUCUUGUGUGAACUUUGCAAGAGGCACUACCACCACACGCUCCUUUGACUUUGAAAUUGAGACCAAACAGGGUAACCAGUACACUUUCAGCAGUAUAGAGAGAGAAGAGUAUGGGAAGCUGUUUGACUUUGUCAAUGCUAAAAAGCUCAGCAUCAAGAACAGAGGCUUCAAAGAGAAAAAGGGAAUGAAGGCCAGCGAUGACAUGUACAGUGACUCAGAUGAUGACCAGCAUGAUGCCUACUUAGAGCGCAUGAAACAGGAGGGCAAGAUCCGUGAGGAGGCCAACGACAGUGACGACUCGGAGGCUGGCAGCGAUGAAUCAUUUAACCCUGGAGAGGAAGAUGAUGACAUUGCAGAAGAAUAUGACAGCAAAGCCUCGGCCAGCGAGAGUAGCGGUGAUGAUGCAGACAGUGAAGAAGAAAAGAAGAAGAAACCAUCUAAGAAGGCCAAAAUAGUGAAAGAGAAAAAACCACGCAAGAAAGAGAAGAAGAUGAAGGACAGCAGCGCCCCCAAGAGGCCAAUGAGCGCAUACAUGCUUUGGCUGAACUCUAGUAGAGAGCGCAUCAAGGCAGAAAACCCUGGAAUCUCUGUAACAGAGAUUUCAAAGAAGGCAGGCGAGAUGUGGAAGCAACUGAGCAAAGACAAGAAGGAGGAGUGGGAAGGGAAAGCAGAGGAGGCUAAGAAAGAGUAUGAGCGAGCAAUGAAGGAAUACAGAGAGAGUGGUGGAGGCACAUCAGGAUCCUCAAAGAAGGAAAGGAAGAAGGGAGGGAAGAGUGAGAAGAAAAAGAAGAAGAAGCCUGGGGCAGGGAGGGAGCGAGAGAAGGAAAGGCCAGCUGGGAACGACAGCUUUAAGAGUCGAGAGUUCAUCUCCAGUGAAGAGAGUUCAUCUGAGUCUGACCGGGGCAAAGGACGCAAACGCAAAGGCUCAGAUGUUGAAGAGGAGGCAGUCAGCACUCCACCCAGCUCAGAGGAGUCAGGUUCAGACUGAGAGAAAGACCUGAUGGAACAGACAGAGAGCGUGAGAGAGAAACAGCAUAAUGAGUCAUUCUUUACUGUUCUUUUUAUGUGACAUUCUGUAUCCACACUAUUGCCUGCUUUUUUCAGCCUCUCAAUCAGUUUACUGUUUUAUCCAAUUUACUUGUAUAUGAUUUGGAUAUGAUUCUUUGCCACAUUACAUAAUUCAAGCUAAAGGAUUUUAACUUUGACUCUACAGUUUCUGACAUGUAAAGAUGAUUUGUGUAAAUAUGUCUUGUAGGUUUAAUAUGAUGUGUAUCUAAUGUAUCUAAUCUAAUGUCAAAUCACAGUCAUAGUGCUUUUUACGUUAAUUCAUACCAAAGCAUUUUACUAACACCCCAAACGCACUUUUACAUCAUUGUUGUUGACUGACAUUGAACAUUUCAGUGUUCAGUCACUGUAAAAACGAUGCGUAUUUAAUACAACCUCAUUGUUCCAGUUUUCAUCAAAGCUAUUAUCAAGCCACAAUCAGGUAUUAUGGCUGUUUAGUAUUAUCUGGUAAAGGCCUUUUAGGGAUGGUUGUUAAUGUCAUGUUUAGUCCGAGCCUGCGUGUUACAGUUGCUUGUCCUAGUACACUAUACUUCCCUGCAGUCUCUGGGCAGCAGACUCUGAGUAUAAAAAUUGCCAUGAAAGUCCUAUUUUAUGCAAGUUACUGAUCAUUUCUCCCUUUUUAAUUUUGUUUUGGUUCCUAAUUCUGUAUUUGUUUUCAUGACUUAAAUCUCCUGUUUUUCUUUAGCUCUGUGUUUCAGACAACCGUACAUACACAAUUGCAUCUGAAGCAUAACAUCACUAAGUGGAAACCUUGUGUGGUUUCUGACAGAGAAAGAGAAAGAACCUGUGGUUAUAACAAAAGCCUGUUCUUCCCAGGUGUGGUUUGUGAAAGAGGGAGAAAGAGGGAAAGGAUGCAAGUGAGGUGAUGGUCACAAAAGUGCAUUGAUUUUAAGCUUAGCCUGUUUAUGAUGUGGUUUCAGAGUGGAGCGAAAGAAACCAUGCUGGAGUUAAAAGAGUCUGACGAAGGAGACCCUUUUAGUGUUCAAGUGAGUGUAAUUCGAAACGAGAUUCAUAAACACACAGACAGACAUUUUAGUGCACACUAACUGUGUCUGAUUGCUCCAUUCUGACUUGUAUCACCCCAUCAGUUCAGUGACAGUCCGUUCUCUCUGCAGAAGCUGCAUUGUAUUGUUUUUAUUAUUGUAUUUUUUGGCUUUUAACUGUCCUUCUCUGCUUUUACUGAUGAGCCAGUGUUGGGCUAUUUACACAAAAAAAGUAAUCCAUUAUAAAUGACUAAUUACUUCUUUCACAUUGUAAUAGGAUUACGUUACUUAUUACUCCUUGAGAAAAAGUUGUCUCUCUAUUAAUUACUUUAUUUUGAUGUUACUUUCUAAGAUGCUUACAAAUCUGUAGCAGUUGGUAAGUACAAAGGAAACUUACAAGGAUUAUUUAGAAAGAUAGCCAAUAAUAGUAAGCAUUAUUUAAAAGGACUCUACUCUGAAGAACACACAGCCAGUUAUUACACAUAAGGAUGGGCACAGAUAAUCUAUAUGGACCAUUCUAUUGAAUUAGUAUUCAGACCUGAGAUGUCUACAAGGAUUAUGUUAUGAUGAUUGUGAUAGUAAUAAAAUAAAUAUAUGCACAAUCAUUUAUACGGUACUUUCUAUUGGGUGGUGUCUGUCCCACACUCUAACCCCUAAAUUUCAACUUGUAAAAAUAAUGCUUACAUUUUUUUGUGAUUUUCUUUUCACUGUUUAAGACCAUUUUCAUUUUUUUAAAGUGAAGUUGAAAGAUUAAGGUUUAUCAUGAGCUUAAAUUUGAAAUAAAAAAAAAAAUUAUUCAAAAAAUGCUGUUCCAUGUUUUCAUGUCUUAAGAAAUCUCGCCACUGAAACACAUUCCCUGCAGUUAAAUAAACUUUUUUGUGUUUUAGUGAAAAAUAUUAUGAUUUAUUGUGUACAACUGUUUAAAGCUUUGUUUGCUAGUCAUGUACUGGGUAGCAUUUUUUGAGUUGCUUAAAAUUAGCUACAAUUGUCACUACCAAAACUUUUGGUCAAGUUUUGGAGAUGUUAAUAUUGUUUUUGUACUGAUAAAAUGGAAUGUCCAGUCAUUUAUUUUAAUAAACAUAAGUAAGGUA